GACGAGCUUGUGCCUUUCAUUCUACCUGUUGCACGCGCGCUGCUUUAAGCAUGGCCAAAUCUCAGUCGAGACGCUGCUGCCUGUGCAUACUUGCUUUAGUGUUCUCUGCUGCUAUUAUUUGCCUAUGCAUCUUUUUUGCCAACAAAAACAGAUGCGAGUUCUCGCAAGCUGCAGUUUCUGCGGACUCGGAGAUGUGUUCCGACAUUGGCAGAGACAUGCUGCGUCAGGGUGGCUCAGCGGUGGAUGGGGCCAUCGCAGCUCUGCUCUGCACUGGACUGGUCAACCCACAGAGCAUGGGCCUGGGUGGGGGGGCCAUCUUUACCAUUAUGGACAAAGCAGGCAAAGUGAAAAUAAUCAGCUCAAGAGAGACGGUCCCAAAAGGUGUCAGAGCGGAUUUGCUGAAUGACUGUCCAAAGACUCUAACACUCACAACAGGAAGUCAAUGGAUUGGUGUACCAGGAGAACUCCGUGGAUAUGAACAUGCUCACCAGUUGUAUGGAAAACUGCCCUGGGCCAAACUUUUCGAGCCCACCAUUAAGCUGGCACGAGAGGGAUUCCCCAUGCCAGUUUACCUCAGCCGAUUCCUGCAGUUUGAUAUGAUUAAAAUGCUGAUUCAAAACUCUCCACUCUGUGAACUGUUCUGCCACAAUAACAAGACAGUUUUCGGCCCCGGGGACGUCCUGAAGUUCCCUAAGCUUGCAGAAACUAUGGAAACUAUUGCCAAAGAUGGAGCCAAAGCCUUCUACACUGGAAAAAUCGCCAAGGACUUGAUACAGGAUGUACAAUCUGCAGGUGGAGUGUUAUCAUUAGAAGAUCUGAAAGCUUUCAAGGUCAGAGUCAGUGAUGCAUGGUCAGUCCAACUGGGGGAAUACAAGAUGCACUUUCCUCCUCCACCAGCAGGGGGAGCAAUACUCAACUUUAUCCUCCAAAUAAUGCAAGGGUUCUGGCUCUCUCCAGCCUCAAUCCAAGAAGACCAGAAAACUGUGACAUUGCAUCGGUACCUAGAGGCAGCAAAGUUUGCGAACGGACAAAAGUGUAACCUCAGAGACCCCAGCUUCAACUCCAGAGAUAUGACAUACAUAAAAGACGAGAAGUUCAUAGAUCGUAUCAGGGCUCUGAUCAGUGAUGGCUUCACUCGUGACGCAUCUUACUACAACAUCACCCCAUCUGCUGACCACUUUGGCACCACACAUGUUUCAGUUAUGGCAGCAGAUGGCACUGCUGUGUCAGUAACCAGCACCAUCAAUCACAUGUUUGGGUCAUCUAUUUACUCUCCUAAGACGGGUAUCAUCCUCAACAACGAGUUAGCUGACUUCUGUGGCCGAGCAGAUGCUGUCACACCAGGUGAAGAUCCGUUGCUUAAUAUAUCCUCUUACUUUUCACAUGUGUUGAACCUUCUUGUUAGCUUUUCUUCUGCUGUUUUUUUUUUUUUUUUUUUUUUAGGUGAGCAGCCUCCUUCCUCCAUGGCUCCUGUCAUCCUGCAGUCUUCCUCGCAACAGAAGACACUGGUGAUUGGUGGAUCUGGAGGAAGUAUGAUCACCACAGCCAUGGCCCUGUCCAUUAUGAACCACCUGUGGUUUGGGAUGAGUCUUAACGAAUCUAUCGCUUCUAAAAUAGUAUUUGUGGAUUCCAAGAAUAUUGUCCACUUUGAGCAAGGAUAUGACAAGACUGCUAUGGAGGCAAUGAAGGUGUUAGGACAUAAUGUGAAGGACUAUCCAUUCUUUUUUAAUGUGGUCAAUGCCAUCUCGAAAGAAGGCCACUGCCUCAGUGCCGUAUCUGACGCCCGUAAGAACGGAAGGUCAGCAGGAUACUGACCCACCCGUCAGCUGCUCUUGUUUUUGCUCAUCAGCUGCUGAUCUGGUGUGAGUUGUUUGAGAUUAAUGCAGUGAUUCAUCAGGCCCAGGAGGAAGUGAGGGUGAAAGCAAAAGGUCAGCGAUCCCUUUCAGCAAUGACUGUAGACACAUAAAUUCAACAGGGUGAUUGUACAUAGUGCUGUGCAUUGUAUCCGUCCAUGUCCACUUUUAAAGGCUUCUUAGGAUUACAGUUGUAAGAACUGAAAUGUAGAUGUUUUAAUGCAUAUUUUGGUAUUUUGAGUGUAGGAGAGACCAGGGCUAACUGUCACAGGUGGGAAGUUUUCACAAGAGCUAUAUCUGUCAAUAUAUCAAGUCAAAUUACACGAAUGUUUGUUUUCUCUAGCGGUGGUUUUGUAUGUUGGUUUCAAAGACCUAGUAGAAAACUAUUCUGAAUUUUUUUUGUUCAUUAUAUCCUCCAAACUGACAUUCCAAUAUCAUAUUUUUGUAAUAUCUGUUGGGUAAACAAGUGAACUUUUUUUAUACAUUCUGGCAAGGCUCAACAAUAUAAUGAAGGUAGUUAUAAACCAAAAUGUUGAACUGUGUUCCUAGGACAAAUUUUUUUUUUUAAAUCAUAAAUGUUCAUUUGGGGCAAGUUGUCACAUUUGGAAAUGCUUGCGUAUGUCAAAUUUUACAUUUUUGCUGCUGUUUAAUUAAUUGUUUCGUUACAUAUUUUUUAGCAUAACGGUUUUUCUGUUUAAAUUUAGCUGAAAAAACAAUAAUAGGCUAUUUAAGGGCAGGAUCCCAUUGUGACUUACCCGAUAUAAUCGUGAGGCAUGUUGGCACAAAAGGUCAACGUGUGUUAAAACUACACUAUGUAACUUUUUUUUGUUAAUAAAUAACAAAAUGUUAUUAAUGAGAGAGUGCAACAAAAAUCCAUCUUCCAAACCAUGUCUUUACCCAAAUACACUAUAAAUAAACCUAUAAUAAUUAUUUAUAUUUUAGAGUUGUCGGGACAGAUUUCGCGGGGAAACUGCAUACAUAUGUAAUUCGCCCGUGUGUGUUGACAUCAUAUCCAUACACAGAGAAAAUAAAAUCAGCUAAUGUAGCACACGCGUGGGAGUUGCGAGAACCUGAAAGUUUGUUGUUACAACGAACGAGAAAUGGCAAACCUAAAAACGAAGAAACCCCGAACAGAGAGGAGUCUACAAGCAAAAAGGGAAAGCGACAGAGUCCGUAAUAAAUCCCGAAUUAACAUCGGCUUGGCUUUCAGAGGUGGCGACAACUGAAAGGAUUUAAAAGCGACCCAGAGGUGGCUUUUUUCUUACUCAACAGGUAAGAUAUUUUAUUGAUAUGGUUUAUGUAUAGUUAUGUAAUCACACACACACACACACACACACACACACACACAUCUGUGUGUGUGUGUGUGUGUGUGUGUGUGUGUGUGUGUGUGUGUGUGUGUGUAGUGAAAUACAAUAAUUAUACGGUAAUCGGUGCAGAACUUUUCACUUGCUAGCACACGUGUGUAUUUUCUUUGUAACAGCAAUAAUUUAUAUAAAUAAAUCCUUUAGUCCUAAGCUUGCCAAUGACAUGUGAGUCUUGAAAUGAUGUUGACCACUGGUUGGUAACAAUGACAAUCUAUAAAUUAGUUACUACUGUGGUCUGUUUGGCCAGAAUAUCCUGCAGUUAUAAAAACUUUACAACGUUUGACCUUAUCAGACUAGCAAUUGUUAUGUCUAAUGUUAACGAACAUUGCCUAACUUUUGUAACGUCAUUUAUUUCAAAACAUCAAUGUUUCCAAUAAGUCAAAACAACAGCAUAAGAUAUGGCACUUACCUGCUCAGAUAACAUGUUUUCAGAUAUCCGUCUUUUCCUUUCUUUCAUUAUUUAUUUGUCCAUUCGCUCUGAUAAGAUGUCCUGUAUCCAUGUGUACACCGGUGCCUCGAACCACAUUCAUCUAGGCAGAGGAGCAGAGCUGAAGCACAACCAAAACAAUGUUCUUCCGCAAUAUGCAUGAAGUUUUAUUUUUUAACCGCUAGAGGGCCAAACGUUACAUAGUGUAGCUUUAAAUUAACUGUAUUAUUUUUUUCAGGGCAAUUACAGUGAAAAUGUUCAAUAGCUUUUUACAGAAUGUGCUUAUGCAGAAACUGACUUACACAAAGAAACCUACCCUGAGAAAUAUUCACUGGACUAGAAAGUGUGACAACUAGCCCCGGUCUCCUCUACAUAGUUUGCUGAUUUUGUACAAAGUAGCUCCUAACGCCAGUAUGUCAUCACUCAACAUUUUUUCCUAUGACAGUUAGUACCAAUUAACUUGAAUUAAAUGUACAAUUUCAAAGGACAGAAAUCUACCUACAAAGACUUAAUUGCUGAAUCAAACUGUUCUGUUUCUGCAAGCUGUUACUGUACAUGUUGGGAGAGGCUGUUUUAAGGUCAAAAUGUAAAUGUUAAAAAACUGAACGUGACACAACAGUUGAUUUAAAAUUGUAUUUUAUACAUAUGCUCUUGUUUUUAUAUGCACAUUUUUAUAUUUUCAUAAUGAUUAUAGUUUUAUAAAUAGUUUAAAAUGCAUUUAAGUGCAUUAUCUUUUUGUAUGGCACAUCAAAAUAAAUGAUUUCUAUUGCAUUUAAACCCCCAAACUUGAUCUUUUAAUUGACCCUGUUAAAAUUAAUACUGGAAGAAUUACCAGUAUUAGUCCUUUCUGUCCAACAGGUACAUGCAUUUAAAUGAGAAUGUGCAUAAAUCAUGAAGACAGAAAAAUAGUCCGGGAAGUGUAAUGUGAUUAAAUUCAGUUUCAUGUGUGUUCACAGUGAUCUGAAUGUAAAGGGCUAUAUACCCUUGAAGGGAAGAGAUAUGCACUAUUAAAACAUCUAAAUGUUCCUCA